AAAUUGUAAUUUGGGAUGGGUCAUCAUGUCUUGCUCGUUGUUUAUUAUCCCUAGAAAGGGUUGCUGAAAAGGGUUUUUAGUCGGAUGGGAUGUUAGUUUGAAGAGUGGUUAUUGGGACGUAGCAGUCCUCUGAGACUCGUGCUUUCAUUGUAAUUAAUGUGAUGUAAAGGUGUUGGUUUACUGUCAUAUCUUUACUUAUUAUACAAAUAAGAUGUAAGAAACAACAAUCUAGGAGUACUUCUGUUCAGCAGCCUCCCAAAUUAUUAUAAGAAGAUACAAGUUUUCCUUCAUCUUAAAGUUUUAUAUUUCUUAUAUUAUGAAGAACCAUAUCCUUACUUAUUAUACAUUUAGUUUCUUCAGAAAUUGGACCUUACUCUGCUAUCGGCUGGAGAUUGUUGGAAGUGAUUGGUAUUUUACUUGACAAUUGCCAACAUCUAUAGGUGAAGCGAGGACGGUCUGGACUUACUAAUAUCAGUCACAUUUCAGUUGGUAUAUUUGAUAACACUGAAAAACAACAGUGAGUUUCUGCUGAGUGCUGAAAGGAUGCAGAGCAAGAGCAAGGAAUCCUCCCUCAAUGAAGAAGAAUCAUUUCCCGUUCGAAAGCUAGAGAUUUCAGACAAAAGAAAGGGUUUCAUUGACCUGUUGCAACAACUCAUCAUAUGUGAUCCCGUCUCUGACAAAGAAUUCGAAAGAAGAUUUCAAGAGCUCAGUUUAUACGGUGAUGACCAUGUUGUUUGCGUUAUUGAGGAUAAUUGUUCUGGGAAGAUAGUUGCCACUGGAAGCGUGUUCAUUGAAAAGAAGUUCUUAAGGAAUUGUGGCCAAGUUGGGCAUAUUGAAGAUGUUGUAGUUGAUUCAAAUGCCAGGGGAAUGCAGUUGGGAAAGAAAAUUGUAGCGUUCCUUUCGGAUCAUGCUCGAUCGAUGGGUUGUUACGAGGUGAUUCUUGAUUGCAGAACCACCAACAAAGUGUUCUAUGAAAAAUGUGGCUUCAAGCAGAAAGAAAUUCAGAUGGUGAAGUACAUUCAGAUGGUGAAGUAUUUCACCUGAGGGACUAUUAUUAUUAUUAUUUUUUUUUUUGCUGUCAUCUGGAUUUGAGAUGUAAAUUCCAGUACUUUCUCUCAUCUCUCCCUGGAGUUCAUUUCUUGGAAAUCGAAAUGCAUGGAAAGGGUUGCAAUUUGCUAUUAUUCCUUGGGUAAAUACCGUUUUUUGUCUGGAUUUGUGAUGUAAAUUAUGGUGAUUCCAUUUUUCAUUGGAAGAAUAA